GCGCACAAUCUUCUGGCAUUUGUCUUGAAACUGCGCGUUGGAGAUGAGGCUACUGAACUUGUUGAAGAUUUACAGCUUUCUCAUUAUCUCAUCAACUCUUCUGCUGUCAGUGGACUCCUGUUCUAAGCGUCAAAGUCGGAAUCGUGUUAAACCUGCUAAAUUCGGACCUAAGCUAAGGAAAGUUCCGCGUCCUAAACGUGAAAGUGUAUUUGAAGAACUGAGCUUUGAAGAUUCAACAGACUCUAAGUUGGAAGGAAAUAGUAAAAUAUAUAUUCUUCCAACUAAGAGAAGGUUUGCUCCUCAGUAUAAGAGAUUCUUGAAACCAUCAGUAUCUCAGCAACCCGGAGAACUAAACGCUAUCGAUAAACUCAGAUCUCGGAGAAGAAAACAAGUUAAUCCCAACCCGUUCUCUGCUUGGUUAUCUCUCUUCUUUGCUGGUUCAAGCUCAGGCAAAAAUACUUUAUUUUGACUAAAGGGUUUAAACUUCUAGUAUGCAUUCUCCUUUACCUCUAUUUAAAGCUUAUUUUAAGAGUAACACUUUCGGAAAAAAAUAUAGCUAACAUUUAUAUAUAAGU